GUGCAUGUGUGCGUGUGUGUGCAUAUGAGAGAGCGAGAGUAUGUGUGAAAAGUAAGAGUGUGUGUGAUUCUUGUCUUUUGUUUACGUGUAUAUAUGCAUGUGUACGCACAGCUGUUCCUAGAAGCACAGAGACACAUUUAGGAAAGGGGUCAAGGGACACAUUCCUGAGCCCCUUUAUUAAUUCAUCCUGUGUGGAGCCCCCGUGCAGCGUGCCCAGGGUGUCUGCAAACCCGAUCCAUCCGGAACACAGAGUCAAAGGAAUGGCGCAGGCAGGUCAAUUGGACGUCUCUCGUCUAGUGGUGCCAGCACUACUCAUGCUUGGCUGGAUUGUGGGAUGUGCAGUAGUUGUGUACUGGGUCUUCAACUAGGAAAAAUGUUAAGAAGUGACGGAGGAUAUAACACACUAUGAGCUGAAGACAGAUCUGUUGACGUUGCUGUGUGUCUUUGCAUGUGUAUGAACAUGCAUAAAUCUUUUGUAAAGUUCUUUUGUAGCAGUAAACCACUAUGGUCCUGGUCACGGAAAUGGAAUGACAGAGACCCCUUCAUCAGCUUUGGGACAGGGUGGUGAUUUGGCUCACUUCCAGGGGUUUCUGUCUUGGGAAAAUGGCCCAUUUGUCACAAGCCUGGCCCUGGUGACAAGGGAGGCAAAUACCACACGUGUCUGCAGGGGCUCAUGGGAUAUGGAGCAAACCAGCUGUCACGCCAUUUUUCCACUCUGAUUUUCCAAUAUCCUCUCCUGCCUCCAUGCAUGUCCUGUGCGCCUGGAUGCCAUUAUAGUGCAGGAGACACUGGAAGACAGCUCCUCUUGAAGGUCAUUUGAGGGUUGCAGGAAAGCAGCGUUUUUCUGGCUGUAAAUGUAGUCCUGAUGCACGUGGUUGUUUUCCAUCUUUUAUUCCACAGACUGUCAGCACCAUAAACAAGCACUCCAUAGAGCAAUAAGACAAACAACUGGGUAUGAUAAAACUGUCAGUGACUUGUUAGAAAUGUUUAAUUUCCCAUGCCUUGAAUUUUGAAUAAAAAUAUGAAAAUGGAGGACA